GUAAAAUUGGAUAAUUGGUUGCACCGGCGGCUAAACCGGUGAAUUAAAAAAUAUACGCCUAAGGUGAUAACCACACUCGCUUGAACGGAUCGGUAAAUGGUAAAUACCAAUCCAAAAUGUUAAAUACCAUUUUCAUUUGGUUAUUCGCUUGAAUUUGAUUAAUGAAUUGGUAUCUGAACUAAGCAAAAUUUGGGGUUAUGUUUAUGACCUGUGGUGUUUGUAUUCAAUAAGAAAUGCGUAUAAAUGUUUUGUAUCUGUGGUUUUGUGAUAAAAAAUCCAUGUAAAAAAUCGUUCGGGGUGCCCCUUCCACCACAAAAAACGCAGUUUAUCUAGGUUGUUAAAAAUUAUUAUUUCAGUUUUUAAUUAUCUCUAAUAAUUUAUAAAAACUAAAAAAAAAACUUAGUAAUGAUGUGGUUAGCAAAUAAGGUUACUUCUGUUUGAUGAAAACUGCUACUUAUUUGUUGAAGUAAUAUCUUUUUUUUUUGAGAAUGUAUACCAAGUGAUACAAUUUCUCUUGUAUUUUUGAAAUAUUUAGAAAAAUGUUAAAUUCAGUCAUGUACACCUUAUUUGUGCUCUUUAACAUUUUGCAAUCAGUAUUUUCUACUGAUCUAGAUCCUUUGGGAUAUAUUGCUUACUGUCCAUGUAUGGGGAGAUUUGGGAACCAAGCAGAUCACUUCCUUGGUGCUCUUGGGUUUGCAAAAGGAUUAAAUAGAACCUUAGUGUUGCCAGCAUGGGUUGAGUAUCGUUAUGGAGAACACAGGUCCAUUCAAAUCCCUUUUGAUACCUACUUUAAAGUAGAGCCAUUAAAGGAAUAUCACAAAGUAAUUACAAUGGAAGAAUUUAUGAAAGAAGUUGCCCCAUAUGAAUGGCCUGAAGAUAAAAGGGUAUCAUUUUGCUAUAUGCCCAGAGGUGAUGGAAGUGGUUGUAAUGCUAAGGAAGGAAAUCCUUUUGGUCCAUUUUGGGAUACAUACAGUGUUAAUUUUGUCAGCUCUGAAUUUUAUGGACCCCUUCACUAUGAUUUUUACCAAACAGACAUGGCUAAGCAAUGGAAACAGAAGUAUCCACCAGAAAAAUGGCCUGUAUUGGCAUUUACAGGUUGUUGUCAAGAAAUGAAGUUGAUGAACUAUAUGCAUAGCCUUUUGUUGACAACAGCAAUGAAUUAUCUUGAGCAUAGUAGCUACAAAGGUACAAAGUUGGCAAUUUGA